CAGCACGCAGGGCCUGCCUGCUCCAAAGGGCUGCCCCUUGCUUUGUUGGGGCUGCUUUACGCGCACUGGGCACCACGAGCAACAGGUUUUCUCAGAAGACUGUAGCAGGCACCAUGGAGCACCAGCAGUCUACCUUCAUCGUCCAAGUUAGGACUUUGCAUGGUACUGAUAUUCCUGUGCAUGUAUGUUUGGAUGACACAGUAAAAGUGCUAAAGGCUAGGCUGUCAUUUGCUCCUGAGGAGAUAAGGCUGAUUUAUGAAGGCAGACAGAUGGAGGAUGAAAGGAGUCUGCGGGACUAUGGAAUAACUCCCAACUGCACUAUAUUUCAAAUUUUAAGAGUGCGUGGUGGUGGUAGUUUGGCUUUCCCUGAAAGUGGUGUUUAUUCAGUCUCAGGAAUACAAGAAGAAUGCCUGUUAACCCUUCCUGGAUCUCUGACAGAUAAAGCCUCAGGGAAAGCAGAGAAAAGCAAGAGCGAGCUGCAGCUGGACUCUUCACCAAAGCAAAGCUUCCUGUGCUGUGUGAGGGAGGCCCUUCCAGAAGUGACACCGGAGAUCAUCCAAAACUUUCCAAAGGACCAAAGCUAUUACAGAGUUCACCUUCCUGGAGCAGGCUCAUUCCAGUGCUCUGUGACAGGCCUUGGCUUUGAGGCGAAGUCAGCAGUGUCCAUCCAGUACAGAUAUGCCUCCUGGAACAGCCAUCUGAGUGCAGCUGCCCAGGAGGAAUGGGUGGUUGCUGGACCCUUGUUCUGUAUCAUGGUGCAGCCUGGAGCUGUGGGUGCUGUGGGUGCUGUGUAUCUCCCCCACUUUGUGUGCCUGGCAGGAGGUGUAGAUGUCAGCCUGUGCAGAAUUGCCCACUUUAAAUCUGGGAAGAUGACCCUAGAGAAACCAACAAAACUGAAUGCUUUCUGUGCUGUCCUGGAAAAUCCCAGCUUCUCACUGCUUGGGGUGCUUUGGCGAAAGUUACGUUCAACCUUAUAUUCGCUCCCCAUGCACUCCUUGGUGCUGAUCUUUCAGCAGCUCAGUGCUGCAAAUACAACUCUUCACCUCUACCUGAUCCCAGAUGACAACUCUGUGAAGCAGGCCAUUGAAGAACAAGAAAUGAACUGGAAUUCAAAGCUUAUUCCCAAGCCUCCUCCCCUCAACCCUCUGUUCUUUGGCUGCAGUUACCAAGUGUCCAGUACGUCUCAUGUGGUGAUAACACCUGGACCAUACUUGCCUUUUUGCUACAAGGGUCCAAAGGAACAGCAGCUCUUUAUUGAGAUCUACAUCAGGAAUAUGGCAGAGGAAAUUUGGCUCCUUAUUACAAAUGAACGCGAUGGCACACUGGUCUGGAAGGCGUCACUGAGAUCAGGUGAUAUUAAUCUUCCCACCUCUGCCUCCCAGACCCUUUCAGGUGCAGUCUUCAUAAAGAAGCACAAGAUGGAGCUUUGUCAUAGGAUGGGGAGGAUCUCCCCUAUUCUGCUACACUUACGGGAUGCAAACAUAAUCAACAGUGAUGAAGAAGAGGAGGUACAAAGUCAAAGCAUGAGUCAAAACAGGAAAAAAGUUUUGCUGCAGCUAGUUGAGAAAAAAGGUUCUGAGGCCCAAGAGCAGCUCUACAAGAUUCUCUGGAAAAAAGACCCAUUCCUCAUCACAGACUUAGAGUCGAAGUCUAGCUAGGCCAUGAAAAACAGACAGGUUCUGCUCCUCCAGUCCAGCGUAAGGGAGCAACAGAAGAGUAAUCAGGCAAAAGGAAGGGUUUAUCACUGCCUGAAUCUCAACCUCUCAGUCCAAAAUCAGUCAUGCAAAGCAGCAGUAAAGCCUGCUAAACCAUCUGGUCUCACACCUGCCCUGCUUAGUUGAAUCACUUGCCAGCAAGGAAAGAUCACUGUUAUACUGUUUCUCCAGUGAGAAGCUGCUGGAAAUAGCCUCAAGGAGAAGAGACCUUGGAUCCUUAUUCUAGCACCACUACCACAGACCCUUCUGCCUCCCUGAGAUAGGGUCCUUGCCCUCUCCAGAUAGUCUCCAGCCAGCUCACAGCAGAGAAGCCUCCCAUCACAACAAUUUCAGCUUCAACCUCUCUGUCUUCAAGGUCUGCAGGAACCUCUCAUUGCUGGAAGAGGUGAGCUGCUUUACCACAGAGAACUGUUUGCAAAGGCCUGUUCUUAUGCACAAGACAGAGCAAGCCACAGUUAUGAACACACAUCAGUAUCAAAUCUUCCCCUUAUUUCCUUCCAGCCUAGUCUUCCCAAGUGACCAAAAUUCACUGAAGUAGCAAACAAGCAUUCUGUCCCCAGAAGCAGCCAGAUGAUGUAGCACCAUCAGAAUGUGGCUCCCACAGAAGCCACAAAAAAGAGCAGAGAGAAGAGACAUAGACUCAUGCAUUUUCAGGUAAAAUCUGAAUCAUCAGCAGCUGCUUUACAUUCAAAAGAAAGCCAGCAGAUUAUUUUUAAAUCAAGUUCUCUGUAUCCAUGCAGAAAGUUAGCCCCUUUCUGAAUCAUGCAGAUCUUUUAUAUGUUCUUAGUGCCACUGCCUCACAGACUUCAUCCUCUUGCUAUUAAAAAUGCUCUUUGCCCUGACAUAGGCACCCUGGACUUCUGUCACUGCCAGCUCUCUGUUCAACUCCCCCGUCUCUAGCCACCUCAUUAGGUGGGGCAAAAGUAUCUUUGCCAACAACCUGGUUGACCUGGAGACAGUUACCAGCACCCAUAUGAGGGACAGAUGGACAAGGUUGGCAAGAAAAGGCCCCGGGGUGACGUGAACAAAAGGGAACACAUAAUCAACACAACGGGGCUAAAGUGGGGACAACCUGCUCUAGGUGAGGUUGGACUAGAUGAUCUCCUGGGGUCCCCGCUAGUCUCAACCAUUUUGUAAUGCUGUGAUUCUGUCAAGAUGCUGUGAUUCUGUCAAGCGCCCAAGCUCCUGUCUCUCUGCUGCUGUCUCUGCAAGGACACCUCAUGCCCUCCCACCAGCUCCACAACUUGUCAGGGUGCCAGGAGCUCUCAUAUCCAUCACCAGCCUCCACAGCCUAUGUGUGCUUUAAAUCACUUACUUGAAGGUUGCGUUGUUCUUGUAUCAUGAGUAAAUAUCCCAUUUUCCUCCAGCAUAUCACCCCAGCUCUAUUCAUCCCCCUUGCACUCCCUGCUGUCUUCUCUCAUUGUUAAACAUUCCCAAUAUUUUCUGACUCUGCAGAAGCUAAGCUGUUUCCUAGUCAUUUUCCUUACCUUGAUGUUGCUGUUGCCUCCUUUUCCAGACAGUCCCAUGCCAGUGUUCAGGUGUAAACCAUGACACGAUAGUCUUCUCAACAUAUCUUUUCACAGAAUCACAGAAUCGUUUAGGUUGGAAGGGACCU